AUGGUGAUUGGCAAAAAGAGCGUGCUUUCAGAAGUUGCUCUGGCGGGAAAAUUGGGCAUGGAAAAAGACACCGUGGAAGCCAUCAUGAACGCCAUUGACGGCCCCUCUGGUGCGACUAGUACAUUUGUUGGAAAGAACAAGGUUGCCAUUGGCAUUAUUCCCGAAAAAGUCUCCCGGAACAACCAUCCAUGGUCGGUUCACGCCAUUACGGAGAUGGUAAAGAGUCACAUUCCAAAGGGUCAAACCAGUCAGAUUAUCAUGGUCGGAGCGGAUGCUGUGAAGUACCAAGGAGCCUUGACGGCUGCUGUCGCCAAGGCAUUCCCAGUUUAUUCCAAAAAGACCACCGAAGCGUCUCGCAAAGGAGAAGACGAAUCUCAGAAAAACAGUCGGAAAAUUCACAUGGCUUUGUGGGAUGAAAAGGGGGCUCCCCUGGCAUGUCCGCCUGAUGCAACCACAUCUGCAUUGGCUGCUGCAGAAGGAAUUCAAUUGGCGGCAAGACUAGUGGAUUCCCCACCGGAAGAAUUGACAACAGAUGCCUAUGCUGCGGAAUGCAAACGGCUGGCAGAGGAACUGGAUGGAGUCAGUUUCAAAGAAAUUGUCGGGAAUGACCUCUGCGAAAAAGGAUACGGUGGCAUUUACGGAGUUGGCAAAGCAGCAGUGUGCCCACCAAGAUUGGUCAUCAUGGAGUACACCCCACCUGGUGCAACCCCCGAGGGGAAAACCAUUUGUCUGGUGGGAAAGGCCAUUGUCUACGAUACAGGUGGACUCUCGCUCAAGCCAAAAACUGGUAUGUGCGGAAUGAAGGCCGACAUGGGUGGAAGUGCAGGAUUAUUGGGGGGCUUUGUCAGCGCUGUCAAAGCAGGGUACCCCAACAAAUUAGUGUACCUCGUUUGCAUGGCGGAAAACGCUAUAGGCCCCUCUGCCUUUCGCAAUGACGACAUUUUGACCAUGUAUUCUGGCAAGACGGUGGAAGUCAACAAUUGUGAUGCCGAAGGCCGACUUGUGCUGGGCGAUGGAGUUGCCCACGCAUCCAAGCACAUUGAAAACCUGGACCUUAUCGUUGACAUGGCUACUUUGACCGGUGCUCAGAUGGUGACGACUGGUCAAAAGCACGCUGGAAUAUUGACAAACAAAGCGGAACUAGAAGUCAAGGCUGUAGCAGCAGGACUCCAGUCGGGGGAUCUGGCAUAUCCAAUGCUGUAUGCUCCCGAGUUGCUGAAGAAGGAGUUCAACUCCAAGGUUGCCGACAUGAAGAAUUCCGUCAAAGAUAGGUCAAAUGCUCAAUCUUCUUGUGCCGGUCAUUUCAUCGAGGCUCAUUUGGACGAAAACUACGAGGGAGGUUGGCUACAUGUGGAUAUGGCAGGGCCAGCCACUGAAAACGAACGUGGCACAGGAUACGGCGUUGGCCUGGUUCUUUCGCUUCUAGGUGUUGCCGGCUUCUAG